AUGCCUAAACUCCUACAAAGCAUUGUCUCUGUCAUCGAAGUUUUCUAUCAAUAUGCCACCAAUGAUGAGGAGUGUGCCAUGUUGAACAAGGGAGAAAUGAAAGUAUUUUUGGAAAAUGAAUUCCAUCAAAUUAUGAAGAACCCAGAUGAUCCAGAAACUGUAGAUAUCAUCAUGCAAAGUCUGGAUCGAGACCAUAACAAGAAAGUGGACUUUACUGAGUAUCUUCUGAUGAUAUUCCAGCUGGCUCAGGCUUGUAAUAAAAUCAUCGGCAAAGAUUACUGCCAAGCUUCAGGGUCAAAGCAAAGAGAUCACAGUCACCAGCACCAAGAGGAACAUAGUGAAACAGAAAAGAACAAUGGGGAAGAAUCGUCUUCCAGCCAUUCAAAGUGGAGUGCAGGAGAGAAUGAUUCCUAUUCCAGGAGCUCCAGGCCUCAAUCCAGCUCCAGAAGAAUUGGGCAUGAAGGAGGUUCAUCUAAUUUGGGACACAGGCAUAGCUCUGGGGAAAGAUGGAGAGAGUCAAACUCGGGCCACUUCAAGAAUAUUAAGAAAAAUAAGUAUGGCUCUCAUCAGAAAGAAAGGUCUGCGAGUGACGAAGAUGGUCACACUCAGUCAAAUAACUAUAGAAAAAGAUCACACUCAGCAAAUCAGUCAGGAGGUUAUGGAGAACAAGGGCAUGUUUCCCACUCAGAGGAUCGGUCUUUCAGUUCUGACCAACGUGGGUCUCAGUCAAAUGAAUCUUUAGGAAAUAGACAACAUGAGAAUUCAAGUCAACAUCAUGGAUUCAGCUCAGGGAGUUGUGGAGGACAAGACAACUGGUCAAGUUCAAAUGAGCCCAUUGGUUAUGGUCAUGGGUCAGGCUCAGGUCAGUCUUCUAGCUAUGGCCAACAUGGAUCAGGAUUAGGCCAGGCUUCCAGCUAUGGACAACAUGGGUCUGAAUCAGGUCAAACCUCCGGCUAUGGCCGACACAGGUCUGGUUCAAGUCAAUCUUCUAGCCAUAGCCAACAUAAGUAUGGAUCAGGUCAAUCUUCUGGCUAUGGCCGACAUAGAUAUGGAUCAGGUCAAUCUUCUGGCUCUGGACAACACAGACAUAGCUCAGGUCAAUCUUCUGGCUUUGGACAACAUGGAUCUGGAUCAGGUCAAUCCUCUAGUUAUGGUCAACAUGGUUCUGGCUCAGGUCAGUCUUCUAGCUAUGGCCAACACGGUUCUGGCUCAGGUCAGUCUUCUAGUUGUGGUCAACACGGUUCUGGCUCAGGUCAGUCUUCUAGCUAUGGCCAACAUGGGUAUGGCUCAGGUCAGUCUUCUAGCUAUGGCCAACACGGUUCUGGCUCAGGUCAGUCUUCUAGCUAUGGUCAACAUGAGCAUGGCUCAGGUCAGUCUUCUAGCUAUGGUCAACACGGUUCUGGCUUGGAUCAGUCUUCUAGCUGUGGUCAACAUGGUUCUGGCUCAGGUCAGUCUUCUAGCUAUGGCCAACAUGGGUAUGGCUCAGGUCAGUCUUCUAGCUAUGGUCAACAUGAGUAUGGCUCAGGUCAGUCUUCUAGCUAUGGUCAACACGGUUCUGGCUCAGGUCAGUCUUCUAGCUAUGGUCAACACGGUUCUGGCUCAGGUCAGUCUUCUAGCUAUGGUCAACACGGUUCUGGCUCAGGUCAGUCUUCUAGCUAUGGUCAACGUGGAUCUGAAUCAGGUCAAACCUCUGGCUAUUGCCGACACAGGUCUGGCUCAAGUCAAUCUUCUAGCUAUGGCCGACACAGGUCUGGUUCAAGUCAAUCUUCUAGCCAUAGCCAACGUAAGUAUGGAUCAGGUCAAUCUUCUGGCUUUGGCCGACAUAGAUAUGGAUCAGGUCAAUCCUCUGGCUCUGGACAACACAGACAUAGCUCAGGUCAAUCUUCUGGCUUUGGACAACAUGGAUCUGGAUCAGGUCAAUCCUCUAGUUAUAGUCAACAUGGGUAUGGCUCAGGUCAGUCUUCUAGCUAUGGUCAACAUGGUUCUGGCUCGGGUCAGUCUUCUAGCUAUGGCCAACAUGGGUAUGGCUCAGGUCAGUCUUCUAGCUAUGGCCAACACGGUUCUGGCUCAGGUCAGUCUUCUAGCUAUGGUCAACAUGAGCAUGGCUCAGGUCAGUCUUCUAGCUAUGGUCAACACGGUUCUGGCUUGGAUCAGUCUUCUAGCUGUGGUCAACAUGGUUCUGGCUCAGGUCAGUCUUCUAGCUAUGGCCAACAUGGUUCUGGCUCAGGUCAGUCUUCUAGCUAUGGUCAACAUGAGUAUGGCUCAGGUCAGUCUUCUAGCUAUGGUCAACACGGUUCUGGCUCAGGUCAGUCUUCUAGCUAUGGUCAACACGGUUCUGGCUCAGGUCAGUCUUCUAGCUAUGGUCAACACGGUUCUGGCUCAGGUCAGUCUUCUAGCUAUGGACAACGUGGAUCUGAAUCAGGUCAAACCUCUGGCUAUGGCCGACACAGGUCUGGCUCAAGUCAAUCUUCUAGCUAUGGCCGACACAGGUCUGGUUCAAGUCAAUCUUCUAGCCAUAGCCAACGUAAGUAUGGAUCAGGUCAAUCUUCUGGCUUUGGCCGACAUAGAUAUGGAUCAGGUCAAUCCUCUGGCUCUGGACAACACAGACAUAGCUCAGGUCAAUCUUCUGGCUUUGGACAACAUGGAUCUGGAUCAGGUCAAUCCUCUAGUUAUAGUCAACAUGGGUAUGGCUCAGGUCAGUCUUCUAGCUAUGGUCAACAUGGUUCUGGCUCGGGUCAGUCUUCUAGCUAUGGUCAACACGGUUCUGGCUCAGGUCAGUCUUCUAGCUAUGGUCAACAUGGUUCUGGCUCAGGUCAGUCUUCUAGCUAUGGUCAACAUGAGCAUGGCUCAGGUCAGUCUUCUAGCUAUGGCCAACACGGUUCUGGCUCAGGUCAGUCUUCUAGCUAUGGUCAACAGGGUUCUGGCUCAGGUCAGUCUUCUAGCUAUGGCCAACAUGGGUAUGGCUCAGGUCAGUCUUCUAGCUAUGGCCAACACAGUUCUGGCUCAGGUCAGUGUUCUAGCUAUGGCCAACAUGGGUAUGGCUCAGGUCAGUCUUCUAGCUGUGGUCAACAUGGUUCUGGCUCAGGUCAGUCUUCUAGCUAUGGCCAACAUGGGUAUGGCUCAGGUCAGUCUUCUAGCUAUGGUCAACAUGGUUCUGGCUCAGGUCAGUCUUCUAGCUAUGGUCAACACGGUUCUGGCUCAGGUCAGUCUUCUAGCUAUGGCCAACAUGGGUAUGGCUCAGGUCAGUCUUCUAGCUAUGGCCAACACGGUUCUGGCUCAGGUCAGUCUUCUAGCUAUGGCCAACAUGGGUAUGGCUCAGGUCAGUCUUCUAGCUGUGGUCAACAUGGUUCUGGCUCAGGUCAGUCUUCUAGCUGUGGUCAACAUGGUUAUGGCUCAGGUCAGUCUUCUAGCUAUGGUCAACAUGGUUCUGGCUCAGGUCAGUCUUCUAGCUGUGGUCAACAUGGUUCUGGCUCAGGUCAGUCUUCUAGCUAUGGUCAACAUGAGUAUGGCUCAGGUCAAUCUUCUAGUUGUGGUCAACAUGGUUCUGGCUCAGGUCAGCCUUAUAGCCAAUCUGGAUGUGGAUGGAGUCAGCCUUCUAGCUGUGGCCAACACAGAUAUGCCUCUCAACAUAUUCAACAUGGAUGUGGCUCGGGUCUAUGUUCUAGCUCUAAACAAUCUGGGUUUGCAUCUGGUCAGUAUUCUGGCACUGGACAAUAUGGGUCUGGCUCAUCUCAUUCAUCUAGCUCUGAACAAUGUGGCUUUGGAUCUGGUCAGUAUUCUGGCACUGAACAAUCUGGGUUUGGUUCAUCUCACUCAUCUAGCUCUGAACAAUAUGAUUUGGGAUCUGGUCAGUAUUCUGACACAGAACAAUAUGGUUAUGGCUCAUGUCAUUCACCUUGCCCUAAACAAUGUGGCUCUGGGUCUACUUGGUGUCCUAGCUAUGAGCAACAUGAAUUACAAGGAAGAUGUGAGUCAAUUUCAAGUGGUACUCAUGAUGAGGACAGUAAAUCCUCAACCCCCAAUCAAUCAAGAAGAAAUAGCCAGGAAUGGUCAGGGUACAAUGAAGAAGAAAAAAGUAGUGAGUCUGAUAGAUAUGAGAGUAUUCAUGGACAAAGACAAGUAGAAAGCUCCUUGAGUUGUGGCUUUGGACAACCUAGAGGCAACACACCCAAUUUAGUAUUAAUGUCCAAGGAGGAUAAUAGACAAGAUGGCUAUUAUUAUUAUCAGACAGAAGGCAAUAACUGUGGAGAUGGAAGAACCAACUCAAGUUCCCACAGUUUCAGUAGCAGCACUCCACUCUAUAAAUACGUCCAAGAACACAGGUGUUAA